GUUAUAAAUAUGAACUGUUGUACUACAGCUUAUGGAAAGUAAGUAACCAAGAUUUAAUUUGUAGUUAAUGUUUAAAUGUGUUGGCAUUGUGCAAUAAAGACUACCCUAUGCAGCCUUCCAUGAGUGUUUGGGAAAACUUAAGGUUUUCAGAUUUUAAGGUUCUGUUCGUGGCAUUGCUUAAAGAAGACUAGAGUAUGGUCAUUGAUAGCACUGACCUUUAUUUCAGGAGCGUAGGUGCCAUUUAAUACUACAUUUACAGAUGAUAUUUUUAGAGUAUUACCAUUUUCAUUCCAUCUGUUUCUAUGCGUAGGACUCUUGGAUAUUUUAGAAUGCUUUGCAUUGCUCUUUGAAUACUAAAGUCAGUUUGAGUUACCAAAUUUAUUAUCUGAGUUCUAUUCCAGUUUCUGUUAACUCAUUAGUGAAAUGAACUAGUUAAUAAGACUUUUACUAUAGAGAUUAAUAGGGUAUUGUCUUAUACUUUGAACCUCCUCGAGAAAGAUAUAUUUAGGAAAGAAGUUACAGAUCUUUUUUGCCUUAAAUAGAUUGAUUUAUAAACCUUAGAAUGCUAAGGAAGUAGGAGAUACAUUGUUUUUGAGGUGUUAGGAAGAAGUUCAAUCAAUCCAGGAGUUAAAGCUUUGGAAAUAAAUAACUAGAGAAUAUUCCCAAAGCAAUCCACAAACAGGCAUAUGAUGUAAGCACUGAAAGGACUUAAAUUUGAAAAAGUUUUUGGAAGAGGUGGGUGUUAAGGGAUAUAGGUUUUGAGCUGGUAGGCAGUCAUCUGAGUUGAAAGCAUCAUCUUCGUUGGGACAAUAAGGAGGCAAAUGUAAUUAAGAACAUACUAAGAAACAGUGAGGUACCAGGUCAGGGGGACAAAAUAGGACAGCAUGAGUGGCAGGUUAAAAUUUCAUAUUUAAUACGUGUAAGGAUGAUAGUCAUUCUAAGACCUUGAGUAGGGAGACAAUUUGUUGAGAGCAGCUUUGAUGGAAGAUAGAGAAACCAACCAGGAGACGAUAGCAUUUCUUCAGUAACAAGUGAGAAAAAUUAUCUUGCAAAGAAUUGAAAGGAGAACUUGCUUACUAAAGAUAAGAAAAAGAAGAAUCAAAACAAGGUUUUGAGUUCUGUAGAUUAAUAGUGAUGGUGAGGAAAUUUGGAAAAAUAAGUUUUGGAGACAUUCAGGAGAAAAGUGACUUUAGUUUUGGAAAUGUUGAAGCAGGUGGUGGGAUAUCUAAAAGAUAUUGACCUGGGUACAUAGAGAUCUGAGACCAGAAGUCAUAUAAAAGGUAAAGGUGGAGAGAUUUGGGAGAUAUCUGAAUAGAAUUCAAACAUGAAACUUCAAAGUAUAUAUAUUUUUGAGGAUGUGUUAAUAAGCAAAGGACCCAACAAAAACAGAAGACAAGGAUUGAUUAGAGGGAUAACAAAGUGUGUUUCGAGGGUUUGAUGGUUGAUUGGUUAAAAAUGUGUGUACAUUGAGAAAGAUAUUCCUUGUCCCCUCGAGUUUAUUGCCUUAUAGUUGAGUUUUUACUGUGCUUUAAGUGAAUGUUUACAAAUAAGUCAGUCUCUCUUAUACAAAAAUUUAUAUACACCUUGCUUUGUACUCCGAGUUACUCUCCCCCCUAAUGAGACAAGACAGCACACUCCUCUCUACCCUGUACUCCCCAUGUCCAUUCAGCCAAUUUCUGUCUCCCUCUGCCUUCUUAUCUCCCCUCCAGACAGGCACUGCCCACAUAGUUUCAUGUGCCUACUUGAGCCAAGAAGCUCACUCCUCACCAGUAUCGUUUUCUAUCUUAUAGUCCAGUCCAAUCCCUGUCUGAAGAGUUGGCUUUGGAAAUGGUUCCUGUAGAGGGCUAACCCUACUGGGGACCAUGACCUCCGGGUCCUUCUAGUCUCAAUCAAGCCAUUAAAUCUGGUCUUUUUACAAGAAUUUGAGGUCUCCAUCUCACUGCUCUGCUCUAUCAGGGAUUCUCUGUUGUGUUCCCUGUCAGGGCAGUCAUCGGUUGUAGCCGGGCACCAUGUAGUUCUAGUCUAAGGCUGAUGCAGUCUCUGAUUUAUGUGGCCCUUUCUGUCUCUUGAGCUCAUAAUUACCUUGUGUUCUUCAUUUUCCUUUUUGCUCCAGGUGGUUUGAAAUGAACUAAUGCAUCCUAGAUGGUUGCUUGCUAGCGUUUGAGACCCAGGUGACACCAGUGUGGGAUGCAGAAUGUUUUCUUAAUAGAUUUUAUUAUGCCAGUUGACCUAGAUGUCUCCUGAAACCAUGAUCCCCAGACUCCUGUCUCGGGCACUCUGGCCUUUGAAGCGUUCACUUGAUUCAGGGUUUAGUCUGGUUGUGCUGACCUCUCCUGUAUUGUGUGUUGUUUUUCCCUUAACCUAAAAUAGUUCUUGUCUACUAUCUAAUUAGUGAAUAUCGCUCUCCCUCCCUCCCCACGCUUGUAACCAUCAAAGAAUAUUUUCUUCUGUGUUUAAACUAUUUCUUGAUUUCCUAUAAUAGUGGUCUCAUACAAUAUUUGUUGUUUUGCAACUAAUUUCUCUCAGCAUAAUGCCUUCCAGAUUCCAUCAUGUUAUGAAAUGUUUCACAGAUUCAUCUUUAUUCUUUAUUGAUGUGUAAGAUUCCAUUGUGUGAGUAUACCAUAAUUUUUUUAUCCAUCCAUUGAUGGACACCUUGGUUGCUUCCAUCUUUUUGCUAUUGUAAACAGUGCUGCAGUGAACAUGGGUGUGCAUAUAUCUGUUCGUGUAAAGGCUCUUAUUUCUCUAGGAUAUAUUCCAAGGAGUGAGAUGGCUGGAUCAUGUGGUAGUUCUGCCUUUUUAAGGAAGCGCCAAAUCGAUUUCCAAAAUGGCUGUACCAUUUUACAUUCCCACUAGCAGUGUAUAAGUGUUCCAGUCUCUCCACAACCUCUCCAAAAUUUAUUAUUUCGUGUCUUUCGGAUUAAUGCCAACCUUGAUGGAGUGAGAUGGUAUCUCAUUGUAGCUUUGAUUUGCAUUUCUCUGAUGGCUAAGGAUGGUGAGCAUUUCCUCAUGUAUCUGUUAGAUGCAUGAAUGUCUUUGGUGAAGUGCCCAUUUUUAAAUUGGGUUAUUUGUCUUUUUGUUGUUGAGUUUUUACAGUAUCAUAGAUUUUGGAGAUCAAAUGCUGAUCAGAGUCUUAUAGUUGAAUUUAAGGGGUACUUUUUUUUUGGGAGGGGAGAGGAAUUCCGUUAACCCAGCUAUCCUCCAAUUAUUUCCCUUCUUUUGGGGUAUGAGGAAAUCCAAGUAAAAAUAUUUCAUUAUUGGGUAAUCUCUGUUUUACACUAUUAGAUAUCAGGCCGCUGCUUCAUUCCCAAUGAUACAUCAUUUAGUCUUCUGAUUAUUUUCCUUCUUCAACUAGCUUUUUUCUUCCUAAUAAUUAGUAGAAAGAAAUAUUGGCCCCUAGGACUCCCUGGGUGGCAGCAAAUGGUUAAACUAACUAAAAGGUUGGUAGUUCGAGCCCACCCAGAGGUGCCUCAGAAGAAAGCCCUUGUGAUCUUCUUCCGAAAGAUCAUAGCCUUGAAAACCCUAUGGAGCCGUACCACUCUUCCAUAUAUGGGUUUGCCAUAAGUCAGAUUUGACUCAACAGCAACUGGUUUGGUUUAAUCUUUCUAUUGAACUAGGAAGAUGGAGGUGUCUUAGGAAUAAUGAGUUAAUUUAAUGCCUUUUUUUUUUUUCCUGUGUAUUUUCAGAUGGGUCAUGAGUGGGUUUGGUUGAAUUCUGAACAAGAUUAUCCCAAUGACUCUGAGUUGAGCAACGACUGCAGGUCCCUCUUCAGCUCAUGGGACUCUAGUCUGGAUCUGGAUGUGGGCAGCUGGAGGGAAACUGAGGAGCCGGGGGCUGAGGAACUAGAGGAAAGCAGCCCAGGGAGAGAACCUAGUGAGCUUCUUGGAGAUGGAGGCAGUGAGGAAUCUCAGGAAGAGGCAGAGCAAGUCAGCCACCAGAACCUCCUUCACUUUCUCUCUGAGGUAGCUUAUUUAAUGGAGCCAUUGUGCAUUAGCAGCAAAGAUUCGAGCGAAGGCUGCUACCUUCCAUCUUGCACCAGGCAACAAAAGGAAAAGGAAAUUGAAACUACUGAAGGAGAAGGAGAGCCCUGCAGAGAGACUGAAGAGCUUUCAGCUAAGGGGAAUGUUCAGCCAGAAUCACAAGAGGAAGAUGAGGGUGAAGGGUAUGUGUCAGAGAUGGAAGACCAACCCCCUUCAGGUGAGUGUGACGAUGGCUUCAACAUUCAGGAAACACCCCUGGUGGAUAUCCUUUUCAACCGUACCACCUCUUCAAAGCUGUCUGACCUAGGCCAGAAUGAUCCUGUUCAGGAUCAUUUACUAUUUAAGAAGACUCUCCUGCCAGUCUGGAAGAUGAUUGCCAGUCACAGGUUCAGCAGUCCAUUUCUGAAGGCUGUGUCAGAUAGGCAGGCCCCAGGAUACAAAGAUGUGGUGAAAAGACCCAUGGACUUAACUAGCUUGAAGAGAAAUCUGUCUAAGGGACAGAUUCGCACCAUGGCCCAGUUUCAGCGGGAUCUGAUGCUGAUGUUCCAAAAUGCUGUGAUGUACAAUGACUCUGACCAUCAUGUGUACCACAUGGCUGUGGAGAUGCAGCGAGAAGUCUUGGAACAGAUUCAGGUACUAUAUUUAGAGAACUGCAGGAAAAAGGAAUAUAGCCUCUGGAAUCUAAUUUCAGAAAGUCUUUGAGAAUAAGGUUGAUACUGAGAUGACCUGGUGUUCCCAGAGUUUAUUUAUCUUUAGGGAUAAAUCAGGGCCCUGAAGGAAGGAUUGACAUUGUGCAUACUGACUCGGAACACCCCGAGCUCUAAUAAAUUAGCAAGUGAAGUAGUCCAGAAAGGCAGGCAGCAGCGAAGAGCUCUCAGGAGAGCUGGGGAUAGAUAAGUAAUGGGAGAUCCUGCAUCUAGAGCCUCAAGUCAGAGGUGUAGAUGUGUAAACCAGCGGCUAGAGUCACUGGCCAUUUUUGGAUUACUACAUCUGUUGAUAUUAAUGUACUUUCACACUGUCCCAUCUUUAGCAGAUAAGACAUAGUAGCCAGAUGAGGACAUUUGAGAAUUUCUUUCUGGGCAGCAUCAUACUUUAAAGAAAGAAGUACAGUCAAAUUUAUAUGCAGAAGAAGAAAUAAAUUGCAUUUAAAUCUCUAUAGCUUUUAAGAUUCAUAGCUUGCUCUCUGUGCC